UGUUGGGUGGACGAAAAUAUUAUCUCGUUCAUGGUAACGAUAACGAGGAAUGGACUGUACGGACUGAUGCUGUUCUGUUGGUGACGAUUGUAUCCACAUUGAGACGAAAUCUGACGAUGAAACGUGGAGCAUUAUUGUCAGUGCUUGCGUUCGCCUUCGCGGCGGCGAUCUGGGCGGCGAACGGCAACGACAACCUCGUCCCGCCUAGGCGGGAAGUGUACGGCAAUGGGCGAAUAUUCGACAUCAGUCACCGGUACCAACCCGAGAUGCCGGAAUGGGAAUCGAAUAACGGCAUUGGGCAGUUCCUGUGGCUUCCCAAGAGCAUGAAGAACGGUUCCCUCGCCAACAACUCCGAAAUGAAACUCCCAACACACACCGGCACGCAUGUCGACGCCCCCGGCCACGUGUUCGACCACUACUUCGAUGCCGGCUUCGAUGUCGACACCCUCGACUUGGACAUCCUCAACGGACCUGCUCUAUUAGUUGAUGUUCCAAGAGAUAGUAAUAUAACUGCUCAAGUUAUGAAGUCGUUGAAUAUUCCAAGGGGUGUUGUACGUGUUCUCUUCCGAACGUUAAAUACCGACAGGCGGCUUAUGUUUCAGAAGGAAUGGGACACAAGCUAUGUAGGAUUCACAGUUGAUGGAGCUAAGUGGCUAGUGGAUAACACGGAUAUCAAACUUGUUGGAAUUGAUUACCUAUCUGUUGCUUCUUAUGAUUACUUGAUUCCAUCUCACCUUGUUUUUCUAAAAGACAGGGAGAUCAUUCUCGUGGAAGGCUUGAAGCUUGAUGAUGUUCCAGCAGGAUUAUAUUCAGUCCAUUGCUUACCUCUUAGGUUGGCUGGUGCUGAGGGAUCACCAAUACGGUGCAUUCUGAUUAAAAAUUAGGGAAACAGUGCUGUUUCAAAGUAGUUUUUGCAUUUGCAGAGCAAGAGGGAUGCAUCAAUCUUUGCAAUACUUGAAUUUGGUUCUCUUUUGUCUGCUAGGCUGGAACUGAUAAAUUGGCAUAGUGGUGUGGUGUCCUUAUGGAGCAAGAUAGUUUCAAUGUUGUGCAUCAACUUUUGUGGCUUACGUUUACACUUGUUAAAAACAUGCAUAAGCACUUCAAGAAAUCAUUUUGAAAUGGAAAAUAAUGUAUAUAUAGAUAAUUUGCAUGCAGCAUUAGCACUUCGAGAAAGAUGCAAUGGAAUAAGUUGGCACAAUGGUGUGUCUUUGUGGAGCAAGAUUAGUAAUGUUUGUUAACUUUAGUGGCUCAUGUGUACACUUAUUCUUGUUUCCUAGUACAGAAUUGCAACUUUCGUUUUGGGCUUGUUUCAAUAGUUAGUCCAUCAUAGAGCACCAUGUACUUGAAAGUUGAUGGAUUGAAGAUCAAGGUGGGAUUGCUAUUACUCGCAGCUAUGACCAUGUGAUAACUGGAUACUCUCUAUCUGUUUUGAAUUCUAUCAGAAGAGUUUAAUUUUUCUAUUCAGUAGAUCAAUAGCCGACACAGUAUGUUGAAAUUGCUGCAGGAAAUGAUGCUGUGGAUCAUCAGUAGUUUAUGCGUUGCAUAGCAAGAGAGAUGCAACAAUCUUACCAUUACAUUGAAUUUGGUUCUCUUUUGUCUGCUAAGCUGGAACUGAUAAAUUGACAUAGUGGUGUCAUUAUGGAGCGAGAUAGUUUAAAUGUUGUGCAA